AUGUCUAGUCCACCACGAAAAACUGAGCCUAUCUCUAUUUUAAAGGUAACACCAACACGAUCUUCACAUGUUGAUAAUUCUUCAACACAUCAAACAACAAAUAUAGUGAUGAGUGAAGAUGAAGACGAAGAAGAUCUUCGAUAUACAAUGUCUGAUGGUGAAGAUGAAGAUCCUGCGUAUGUUCCUUCUGGUAAAGCUUUGGAACUCUUACAAACUGAAAAAACUUGGAAAAAAAGAUGGUUUGUACUUCGAACAACUAAACUGGCCAUGUAUAAGGAUAAAAAGGAAUACAAGCUCCUACGCAUCAUUGAUUUGCACGACAUACACAGUGUCGUCCAAGUGACAUCCAAAAACAAAUAUCGAUAUGUAUUCGCUAUUAUUACACCAAAACGAAUGUAUUAUGUUCAAGCAGAUGAUCAAAAAACAAUGGAUGGAUGGUUUGAAGCUAUUGAUCAUGCAAAGGAAGAACUACGUUUGUACGAUGCUGAUGACGAUUCUAGUUCAGCAGGAAGAGAUCAGGAGUUUGCCAAGGAUGUCGUGACCUCUUAUAAAUCAAAUUCCAGUAUCACUCAACAACCUCGACGACGAUCUUCAGGUACAGCAACCACUAUAGAGAUUCGACGACAAUCAGGUGGUAUGGCUUCAUCUUUAUCAUCAUCUCCUUCUACAACUGUUCAUUUUGCUGAAGGCAUUGCAAGCUCGGAAGACGAUGAAGAUUAUAGCGCCAACAAUAGUAUGAUUGACAUUAGAAAGGAAGAGGAUCGGAAUAGAGUUUUGGUUGAAGGUUAUUUACUAAAACUUGGUCGAAACAAGGGUUGGCAAAAAAGAUGGUUUGUUUUACGAACAGAUACUCUUUCUUAUUAUGAAAAUGAAAAGGAAUACUCACCUCAUCGAAUCAUCCCAUUGAAUCAUAUUAUUGACGCCUUAGAAAUCGAAGCCAUCAGCAAAAAUAAACAACACUGUUUCAAGAUUAUCAUUCCAAAACGAAAUUAUGUACUUUGCGCUAGUACUGAGAAUGACUUGGAAGCUUGGGAAAGGAAGUCCUCUUUGGAAUCUUUUGAUAAUUCAAGUCAUCUUUCUGGUGUUAGUGGUGCUGGUGGUGUUGGUGGUGCUGGUGGCGCUUUGGGUAGACAUUAG